UGUCUCUUUCCUCUAGAUCCUAAGCCAAAUUUGGCCCAAUGUGAACCACUACGCCAAAGAUUUGAUAAAAGACGUUAUAGAACCGGCGAUCCAAGAGAACCUCUUGCUCUACAAAUUGAACGGUUUCGCGUUUCAGAAAAUGCGUCUUGGCACAAUACCACCCCGGAUAGGAGGUGUCAAAGUCUACGACAAAAACGUCUCGAGGGAUGAGAUCAUCAUGGACAUGGAUAUUUUCUAUGCUGGAGAUUGUGACAUUUCAUUCACACUUGCUGGUGUUUCCGGUGGAAUCAAAGAUUUUCAGAUUCACGGAAUGGUUAGAGUAGUUAUGAAGCCUCUUAUAACCACAAUGCCUUUAGUUGGCGGUCUUCAAAUAUACUUUUUGAACAACCCGACGUUAGAUUUCAACUUAGUCGGAAUGGCAGAUCUUCUCGACAUGCCCGGUUUGAGUGACAUGCUGCGAAGGAUUAUUGUAGAGCAAGUAGCGGCUAUGAUGGUUUUACCAAACAAGUUACCAAUAAUUUUAAGUGAUGCUGUGCCAGCCCAGGUUCUGAAAUUCCCAGAGCCGCAAGGUGUUCUGAGAGUUCAUGUCGUAGAGGCCAAGAAUUUGAUGAAGAAAGACAUUUCAGUCCUUGGCAAGGGCAAAUCCGACCCGUACGCCAUAAUUACACUCGGGGCAGAGAAUUUUAGAACGCAGACUAUUGACAACACAGUUGAUCCCAAAUGGGAUUACUGGUGUGAGGCGAUAGUUACAUCUCGAAGAGUUCAAGAACUCAGAAUGACGGUGUGGGACUGGGAUCCGAAAUUACCCGGGGUUAAGGAUGAUGAUUUUUUGGGAAGAGCUACUGUCGAGGUGUUGGGUGUUACGCGCAAAGGACAAACAGACACAUGGGUUUCUUUGGAAGAUGCAACAACUGGAAUGGUACAUUUGAGAAUGACCUGGCUUCAGCUUUCCUCCAGCUUGGCAGACUUGAAAGAUGCUAUUGCUGAAACUCAGAUGUUGCGUGUAACAUCUAUGAGCACCUCUAUCCUUAUGGUCUACGUCGAUUCGGCCAAGAAUUUGCCAAAAGUGUUGCGGAAAGGAGUUUACACAGCCCCGGACCCGAUGUUCCAGAUCAGUCUUGCCAAGACGGUCAAAACUUCGGUUAUUCAAUACAGGACGGAUAAUCCUGUGUAUGAGCAAGGUUUUACCUUCCUUGUACAUGAUCCAGAAACGGACACGCUUCAUGUCAAGUUUACGGAUCAAAAAACAUCCACAGAGCUUGGAAAACUGACUUACAAUCUAAGUACUUUACUCGACAAGGAAAAUCUGGAGUUGCAAGAUCAGCCGCUUCAGAUUAAAAAUGCAGGGCCCGAUUCAAAACUGAUUGUAUCUAUGCGAUUAAGGAUUUUGAAAUAUCUUGGUGGAUCCACGAAUGAUGAUGAUUUGUCACUAUUUAGUCAUGAAGUGAUGACAUCUUCACCGACCCUGUCCAGGACUGAAAGCAUUAAAAAAGAAGAACCAGUUCCUACUACCACAUCAGAGGAAGGUAGUCCUGAACCGAAACCAUCAGAGCCUCCAGAGCCAGUUGAAGAUGUUAUGGUUAUAGGAGAACCUCCACCAAGGGUGGAGUCGUCACCCCCAUUAUUACAUCGCAGGCAGAUGAGCACAACUUCAAAUCUCUCAUCUGGUGAAGCAUCUCUUGGAAAAAUUCAAUUAACACUGAGGCAUAGUAUCCAGAGGCAAAGAUUAAUUGUCAUUGUGCACAAGAUUGCAAACCUGCCUUUGAAAGAUCCCAGCAACAUUCCAGACCCUUAUGUGAAGUUAUACCUGCUCCCUGAGAGAUCAAAGGAAUCAAAAAGGAAAACUGAAACUGUCAGAGAUAACUGCAACCCUACGUACGAUGAGACAUUCGAUUAUGUCAUGUCACAAGGAGAGUUGAGCAGCAGGCAACUCGAAAUUACGGUGCUGACGCAAAAGACAUGGAAGAGUCCAGUAAUGGGACAGGUCAUUAUUAAUCUUGCUGAUUUAGAUCUUUCAAAAGCAGUUACUGCUUGGUUUGAUUUACAGCCAGAAGCAACAAAGGAAAAGGACGCUUGAAAGCACAAUUCAAAGCAUCCUGACUGAAGCUUACUAUCAAUCGCUUUUUUAUUCACCGUCCUUAUUUUAUUUGCAUUUAAAACUAUUUUUGAUCUAUGUAUAUCUACAUAUGCAAUAGAUAUUAGUGAAACUAAUAAACACUUACUAUUUAA